CACAGACGUGAAGCAUCAUGGGGAAACACAACAGCAAGCUGGCCCCGGAGGUCCUGGAUGACCUCACCAAGAGCACGGAAUUCAACGAGGCAGAGCUCAAGCAGUGGUACAAAGGCUUCCUCAAAGACUGUCCCUCGGGCAUUCUCAACCUGGAGGAGUUUCAGCAGCUCUAUGUCAAGUUUUUCCCUUAUGGCGACGCCUCCAAGUUUGCUCAACACGCAUUCCGGACGUUCGACAAAAAUGGCGAUGGAACCAUUGACUUCAGGGAGUUCAUCUGUGCCCUGUCCAUCACCUCCAGAGGCAGCUUCGAGCAGAAACUCAACUGGGCCUUCAACAUGUACGAUCUGGAUGGAGAUGGGAAGAUCACACGCAUGGAGAUGCUGGAGAUCAUUGAGGUGUGUGAGGCCAUCUACAAGAUGGUUGGCACAGUGAUCAUGAUGCGCAUGAACGAGGACGGGCUGACCCCUCAGCAGCGUGUGGACAAGAUCUUCUCCAAGAUGGACAAGGACCACAAUGAUGAGAUCACCUUGGAGGAAUUCAAAGAGGCCGCCAAGUCCGAUCCCUCGAUCGUCCUGCUGCUGCAGUGUGACAUGCAGAAGUAGGGCAGAAGGGAUGGGGAAACGGGAGAGGGGGAAGGGAGGGAGAAGGAAACUAAGGAAGGAAGGGAGGGAGGAGGCUGAGAGAGGUGGGAGAAGUCAGGGAGGGAUGUAGUGGAGGACGGAGGAGGAGAGAGGUUUAUGAGGCAGGGAUGGCUGGAAAAGGGCCUGGUUUGGAGCGUGGUGGAGCUCUGAUGGAUGCCAUUCCUUUUUUUCCAGGCCACCCCCCGCUGUGCAGCACACUCCCGCGGCACAGUGCGGCUUCGGCCUCCGUGGCUGUCUCCAUUAGUCCAGUCAGACUGUGUUUGGGAAGUGGAAAUCCCUCCUGCGCUGUUUGGCUCAGAGCAGAGAAAUAUGGUGUCACUCGUGCUUUCACACAGGCGAGCUCCGUGUGGAGCAUGUGAGAUUAAAAGGCUGCAGGCGGAUCCAAAGUGUGAAGACACCGAUUUGAGAAUGUAGCCAGUCUAAUAUGAAAUAUUUUAUCACAUCCACUAUAUGAUAAAAAGGAAUGGCAUUAACCCAGAAUAGGUCCUGUUGGUUCAUUCAGUGUCAGGAAAUACGUCCUUUUUUAUUUUAGUACUGUUAGAGAGAGGCAUGUAAUUGAACGACACCAUACAAUACCAUCAGCUACACACUCACACACACCCAUGUAUAUAUAUAUAUGUGUGUGUGUGUGUACACACACAUAUUCACCUCUCUUGAAUCUGUAUGACACUGUCACGCUGCCACCCUGGCGUUCAUUAGCGGCUCCACAGACAAACUCCCAAAGCCGUUAUGUGUAGCCUUUCU